AUGGAAACGAUACUUCUCAUCCUGACUUUUGUUUUGUGUGUUGUGGCAUUUUUUGUCUUAUUCUUUGAAGGUCGGGCAUGGCGAACCAAAUCCAGAGAAUCUUCCCGAGGUGAUAGAAGGCAGGGUUCGUCAAGUAGACGACGCCUUGGAAAUGCAGCAGCUCGUCGCUACCAACAGCGGUCUGCUGCUUUCACUCCCCGAGCUCCACAGUUGAUGACGGGGUCCGAUUUUGAAUCUCGCAGCGAGAGCAACGAUGGCGAUGGUUCGACGGGAACAGACUCGGGGGCGAAACCGGUAAUUACAAAUCAGAAAAAGAAAAUAGGGGCCAAGAAAGCCCAAAAAUUGGCCGAAAAAGAACGUCGAAAGGAGGAACGCGAAAUGGAGGCAAGAUAUAGGGAAGCAAUACGAAAGAAGGAGGACGAGGAAAUUAAGAAAAGAAAAGAUGCUGAAGCAAGAGAAGCUGCUGCUGAAGCAGCUCAAGCGGCAGCAGAAGAGAAGCUGAGGCUGGAGCAAGAACUGCGGGAGCAGGCUGAGUAUGAACGACUGAAAGCCACAUUUUCGAUUGAGGGUGAGGGUGUUGGUAUUCAGCAGUUGGACGAAGAAUCCGAAGGGCAGCUCGACCGCAACUUCGUCAAGGAAAUUAAGGACGCGAAGUUGAUUUCCCUGGAGCGACUUUGCGUAAUAUUUGAUAUGAAAACUGAUGCCUGUGUGGAGAGGAUUCAGCGGUUGAUCUCCGAGGGUGCGCUGAGCGGAGUUCUGGAUGACCGUGGCAAGUUUCUGUACAUAGAACCCAAGGAAUAUGAGGAAAUUGCUAGGUUCAUAGAACUGCGUGGUCGCGUAACCAUGAGCGAACUCGUUGAACAUGGCAAUAAAGUGAUCAAAGCUCGCAUGUGA